UCAAUUUUUUUUUCAAGUAAACAAUCACGUAAUUUGGAUCAUUACAAAACGAAUUUUUUAUUUAUUAAUCUCUUAUUUUUUAAACUGUUUUUUAUUUUUGCUCAAUGUUAAUAUUUUAAAAACAAUUUUAAUUAUGACAUACUAUACUUGAUAAUAAUGAGGAUGUUUACAUUUUUUAAAUGUUGAUAUUUAUAUUAAAAUUAUACCGGUAAACAAAUGUUAAAUUUAAAAAAUAUUAAAAAUUAACAUUAAUUUUUUAAUCUAUGAGUUAUCGAAAUUUAUACACUCGUUGACUUUCUACUUUUAUAAGUACGUGGCUGAUAUUUAUAUCAACAUCAAUAUUGAUGAGAGAGUGUUUAUCUUUAAAAGUUUUUAAGGUUAAACAUUGUUAAGUGGACAUAAACAUUAUUAAGAAAAUAUAAAUAAUAGAAAACAAAAUGAUUAAACAAGGAACAAAUGAAGUUAAAAAAUCCCAGGUACUUUUACCAGUUUUACUUUCAGCAAUAGCCAUUCCAGUGUCAAUAUUACUUUGGAUUAUGAAUGUUGUUUACUCAAACUUGACACCUGAAGAAGAUAGCCACUAUGAAGUUAUUUCACCCUGGAGAUGGCUUGUCUCAGUACUCAUUCCCAUUGUAUUUGCAGUCUGGGGAUUAAAGAGAAAAUCACUUGAUCUUACUGGAUCAAUUUUAGGCUUAGCAAUGGGUUUUAUAUUAACACUGACAAAUUAUGCUCAUCUAGCAUGUCUUAUGACAUUUUUUGUUAGUUCAUCAUUAGCAACAAAAUUUCGUUCACAUAAAAAACGUAAAAUUGAAGCUGAUUUUAAAGAAGGUGGACAAAGAAAUUGGAUUCAAGUUUUAUGUAAUGGAGGAAUGGCAUCACAACUUGCAUUAUUAUAUCUUGUUGAUGUUGGAUGUGGUGAAAGACCAAUUGAUUUUCAUAAAGAUUACAGAAGUUCUUGGAUAUCAAUGGGAAUAUUAGGUGCAUUUGCAUGUUGCAAUGGUGAUACAUGGGCAUCUGAAUUUGGUACAGUUAUUGGUAGCUCAGAUCCAUUUUUAAUAACAACAAGAAAACGUGUUCCACGAGGAACAAAUGGAGGUGUUUCAUGGAUUGGUCUAAUAAUGUCUUUGCUGGGUGGAUUGGCGCUUGGUAUUUCUCAUUAUUUAGCUGUUUUGUAUACUGUUGAUACUGCACUUUUAGAGCAUGCUCCAUCACAAUGGCCAAUAAUUAUUGUUGGUGCUGUUGGUGGAUUUUAUGGAAGUAUUUUGGAUUCACUUAUUGGUGCAACUUUACAAUAUUCUGGUUUAAAUGAACUUGGACAAGUUGUUGAACAUCCAGGAAAAGGAAUUAAACAUAUAUGUGGUAGACAAAUAUUGGAUAAUCAUAGUGUUAAUCUUUUGUCAAGUAUUGGUGUUGCACUUACACUUCCAAGAAUAGCCAACUUCAUGUGGCCCUAAAAAUGUUUUUAAAAAAAAAAAGACCUUUUAUACAAGAAAAAAUAUAUGUACAUUAUUUUUCAUAGUUUCAAAUACUUU